AUGCUGCGAACUUUUGUGAGGUCCCGAAGCGACGCACGCCGUCCAGCAGAUUGGCACGAUGCAGACAUCAUAUUGGUUGAGGUGUCGCGCUGCGGUAAGACCAGCGUCGUAAGCUUCCUCGCGCAGCGGGGAAAGAAAGCGGCUUGCGUGAGGAUCGGGGCGGUCAAGCCCAUGCCAGAGGGCUUCGGCACCGCCGACCCAUCCAAGGUCGUGCUCGUCACACGGAGCGCGGGCCACAUCCUGAGACGCCGAAAGAACCGGGCAUCCCUGUGGAGCUCCAAGUCGAUCAGCCCGACCCUGCCGCACUCCCUGGACAACUGCGCCACCCCAGACGAGGUCCUCCUAGGAUCUGGAGGUAUUCCGCCAGCUGGCGGGGAGCCACCCCGAGUGGAUGGGCCCGCUGGACUCGAAGAAGAGCCCCCCUGGCAGCGCCUCCAGCGCCGCCCCUUGCGCGCUCCGCGCGCCAGGGAGGGGGGUCCGGCGCAGAUCCAAGAAAUCCGGGCGGAGUGCCACGAGGCCAUGGCCCAGAGGAGUGCCGAGGGCGGCACGGACAAGUGCGUGUACCGCCUCUCCGAUGACUCGGGGGAGGCUGCGCAGCUGCUCCUGUCCAGGCUGCUGGUGCAGUACGCGGAGCUCGAGUCUCCCAGCGUGGUGGUCUUUGCAAAGCUGGACUCCAUCUCGAAGGUGAGGAGCGUCGUGGAGAAGGCCCAGAGCAGCCAGCAGGACAUGCUCGUCCUGGCGACGCUUCGGCAGCGGUCCCUCUCGGAUGCCCUUGUGGAGUUCGGGGACGAGAUGGGCGUGAAAACGCACAAUGCGAUGGCAGGGCUGCAGCGAGUGAUGACACGGGCGAGCAGCAGCGUUGCCACAGAAGAGCUGGUCUUCAUUGGCCAGCUGAUCUUCGAUGGCAGCACUGACAGCGUCCGAGCUGAGGGCUCCGCAAGCGGCAUCAAGAAGGUGCACGCCGUGGACUCUGACUUUUUCCUGAUGGCGGAGGCCGCGCAGUUCGCGCAGCAGCAUAUCUCCGGCGUCAACUCCCGGGAGUGGGAUGACGCGGACGUGCUGCUGGUCGGCCCCUCGCGCGUGUGCAAAGAGACGGUCGCGUGCUGUUUGGCUUAG